AUGCUUGUAUUAGCUUCAUUUAAUCCUUAUUGUUCAAGUUCUCAUCCACGUCGACUUUGCUCAACAAGUACGAUACGAAGAGCAAGAUUGUUUAUUGCUAUUGGUACAAUAUUAUGCAUUAUCUAUAUGUCACCAAUACUGGCUAUCUACUACUGGAAACAAACAUCUAGUACAUGUCUGCAAUACUCAAAUCUACUUAUCAGUAUUUAUGUUUUCAAUCAAAUUCUUCUUUAUUAUAUAUCAGCACCUCUAUUAAUGAUUAUAUUCGGUCUGUUAACUAUAUCUAACACUCGACAGCAUAUCACUCGUAUAGGAUCUCAAUCACAUGUUGCACGUGUUCGUCGAACUGAAAGACAAUUAACUCGAAUGUUACUUCUGCAAAUGAGUGUUCAUCUCAUUCUUACUGUCUCAUUCGGUGUUGUUUACAGUAUGAAUGCGUUUGAUCCAUCAACAAGAACAUCUAAUAUUAUAGCCGUGCGUUAUAUAUUAGUCAUAUGGCAGCAAUGUGAUAAUUUCGUUCCAUUUUUUCUUUAUGUUCUUUCUGGAAGCGCUUAUCGAAAACAACUUGUUUAUAUAUUAAAAUUUAUCAAACGUCUAAAUUGA